UCUCUGCAUAUAUCAAUGGGAAUCCAAAGUAAAUUCUUGUACACAAGUACAGAAACUAGCCCAACUCCAAGUAUUUGCAGCAUAGAAGAGAGCAUGAUGAGCUUUUAUAGUGCCCCAACUAGUCCCACAUCGGAAUUUUAUUCAACCACUGAGCCAACCACACCAAUAAGUACAACUACAAAUACAACUUAUUAUGAAGACUGUGCCAACUUCAACCUCGAAGACUUUGAAUUCGAUACAAGUCACCGUUUCCUUCAUCUCAACGAUUUUGAACCAAAGAUUCUGUCGCCGGACUAUGGCGAUCCAUGGCGUGGAGAUUCACUUCCAUCGUCCAUGUCUUUUGCUGAUGAGCUCUUUUGUGAUGGCAAAGUUGUGCCUUUAGCUCCUACUCCAUUAAAACUUCCACCGCGACUUUCAGCCAAAAGUAAUGGUAAAGUGGUUGGACCCGUCUCGCCGAGAACUCCACGUUCGGUUCUUAAUAAGGUGGCCUUUUCACGCCAGUGCUUGUGGAAUGAUGAUUUUGAUCCCUUCAUGGCUGCAAUUGAGAACGUUAGAGGGAAAAAUCACAAGCGUGCUCGGUCGAUGUCCCCAUCAUCAAGGGCCCAGCCUGGUGAAUCUGUGUCUUUGGGUCGGCCCACAAUGGACAGUGGUUUAGACUCACACGAGCUUAGGCAGCCCAAUCGGUCAGUUUCUUUGAGAUGGGCAAGCCCACGAGAGAAAGCCAGAGAAGAAGAAGAAGAAGAACAGAAAAGCCAUAAGGAACAACAAUUGUAUGGAUUGGUUUCGGAGAGCAAAAGUUGGAAAGUUGUAGCUGAGCCCAAAGGAGUUGCUAUGGCGAGACGCGUAAGAAAGCCCGCUGAUCCUAUUUCAGCACCAGCCCAAAUUAAGAGGCAAAAGAAAUUGUGGUUUCCUUUAAAGGGUCCGUCCAAUAGAAAAGUGAGUGAUGAAGAGAACAAGGUAAAAGAUCAAAAUGUAGGGUUGUUGUCUAAGGCAACCUUUUUGAGUAGAAUAAUAAGUUUUAAAUCCAUUAACAAAACUCAGCACAAUCAGGAUGAAAAGGCAAUGACCCAAGCUAGCAAGAUGAGCAUUGUACAAUACAAGCCUAGGCUGUCCUCACUUUGCUUGGGAUAUGGAUCAAAGUAUUUGGACUAAAGACAGCCAAAUUUCUAGGAACUUGAAUGUAAACAUAUCGUGACAUUGUGUAGAUUUUAUUCAAUUGUGCAAAAUAGUGUUUUUAUUUUCAUGAUUUUAGGAAAGAAAAAGGUCAUGUAAUGGUGGUGUAGUGUGAGUGUUUUUAUUGUUUGAAAUGAAUAUAUAGCGGCUCCAUAAUCUAGUCUUAUUUGUGGAUAAUAAGACUUGGAAAUGGCCCAAAUUUCUCUGUAGUUUUUAGCGAUUCAUUCGAAUCAUUCCAUGUUUGAAUUGUUUUUCUAUAACUGUGAAGAUUUCUAAAUCAACCAAAUUACACUUUUCCA